GCCACCUGCCUUCACUAGCGGGCAGCGCGGCCACACUGGAGGACGAAGCGUGGACCGAUCUGUGGUACUAAAUGCAUUCGCUGCUGGACCGCAAGAAGAAGGAGGCGAGUGCCGAGCUGGGGUUCGCCGAGGUCCAGGCGGGCGCGCUGCUGCUGCCGCGGGCGCCGAGGAUGUGGUCCGGGGUGGGUUGCCUCUGGGUCCUGCUCUCCUCUUGCCUGGUGGCCGUGUGGAGCUUCAGCAUCAUCUCGCCAGCCUGGAUCGUCCGGGUGCAGGGCAAGGACUCGGCCAGUUUCGGCUUGCUGUGGCACUGCUCCGAGGCCGUCUACAACUGCUACACCUUCGGCAGCCUCGGCAGCUUCGCCGACAUCCCCUCCGGCUCCUGGCAGACUAGCGCUGUCCUGUGCUCUGGUGGGUGUGUUCUGCUGGCUUCCAGUGCCCUGCUCGCCAUCGUGACAAUCUUCCUCCCCAGCGGUCAGUGUGAGAAGAGGAUUUGUACACUAGCCGGUUACAUGCAGACAACAGCAGUGUUCAUCAUGGCGUCUGGGCUUCUGGUUUAUCCGUUCGGGCUGAACUCCUCCAUCGUGCGGAAGUACUGCGGGGAUUCCAGCAUCUAUCACGCAGCGGAGUGUCAGAUCGGAUGGGGCUACAUGCUGGGGAUUGUUGGGGUCAUGCUCGCAGUCUUCCUGCCCUUCUUCUCCAAAUAUGCGCCGAAGGAAUCCCUUUCACCGACUCCAAUACCGGCGCUGUUAUAGUACUUGUUGCUGGAGGAGCCGCCGUUGUACAAUAUCCUGCUUUUACACCUUCAGAAACGAGCGGAAGAUAAUGGAGGCAUCCCAGAGAGCCAGGAAAACAGCUCAAACAAGGGCCCAUUUGCAUUGUGACCCAAGUGCAUUCAGUGAAACGUCUUCCUGAUUCCCACAAGAUGCACAGCGCGCGUCCGACACUAGCAAUUCACCUGAAAAGUUGCAAGGAAAUGAAUUACAAGGAAAGUAACGCCCUGUCAGUUACUGCUACGCCAACCUUGAACCAAUCAUCAUACCAACUCCAGCCCACUUGUAAUUCUCACCAGGGUCGGCGGUGGUUUUCACGACAAUGCUGAGCUGGGUUAUUUGCAGAUAAAGGUGGGUUAAAUUUGUUGAAGAAUUCCUGUUAUUGCCAGUCGACACGCACUCGGUGGUCCUAUGGGCCUCUUUCCAUAAUAACAGGAAUGGGCUCAGUGAAAAUAUCAGAGCAACAGAACCACGGCAUGGUGUUGUAUUAGUGACAAGAAGACUAUUGAGGCUCGUGUUGAAAAAGAACUGAACAACUUGGGAAAUGGGGCAACAAUUCUGUCCUUCCAACCAGGAUAUUUUGUCAGUCCGAAGCAUCUGAACAUCAAGACAACUGGUGGACGGAACUAUAUGUCUUCUUUCUGAGGUCUAAUUUGCAAAGUGUUUUUUUUUUAAUGCACUGGAACGCGAGAAUAGGCUGGAGAGAUCGCAGAUAUCUCCAGCUUCAGAGACAAGCUUAUCAGAUGACUGGAUGUCACUGCACGUUGUGUAGGAUCAGAAUCUCGGCGAUACACCUCACACUGAAAUCUCUUUGGUGGAUGGAGAUGAAAAUGAAAUUUGGUCCAACCAUUCCUUAUACAAAUGCUUCCGGUGAAGGUUAGACGAUCAGAUCUGUGGUGUGCAAGUUCUCAAGGGGGCUUGCAAUCUACUCAAAUCUUUUGAGCGCAUUUUCUACUCAUGCAGUUCAUUUGACAAAUGGUUUUAACACUCAAUACCGAAUGUUUAUCUUUUAAAUAAAGGGCCCCGCCAACCAUCUGUCUGGCCUUCGUGUCAGUGUGAAGACACACGUCAGAACUUGUAGUACAGCCAUAAUGAAUCAUUCAGAAUGAACAUUUAGAUAGACGCAAAUAUAUGGCCUGUUUCCUUUACCACUGUUACUUUCCUGCAUAUCUUUCAUUCAUUUGUUCUUCACCUCUCUACAUCACCGUCUAUAUCCCUCGUUUUCCUUUCCCCUGACUCUCAGCCUGAAGAAGGGUCUUGACCCGAAACGUCACCUAUUGAGUCUGAAGAAGGGUCUCGACCCGAAAUGUCACCUAUUCCUUUCCUCCAGAGAUGCUGCCUGCCCCGCUGAGUUACUCCAGCUUUUUGUGUCUAUCUUUGGUGUAAACCAACAUCUGCAGUUCCUUCCCACACAAAUAUAUACUCUGGGUGUAAUCUUCAUUACGUAUUACUGUGGUGCCCUCUAAGCAUGCAGCAAAAUUACUUCCUUAUUGACUUAAUAUUCCUUAUUAUUCAUACACUACACUGCAUUACUUUGCCACUUGCAGCAUCCAUUUCAUAAAACAUGCACAGUGAUUAUACCUUGCAAGCUCGGACCCAGGGACAUUAGUGGAAUUGAUGCCAUAUGGAAAUCAGCCAGGAAUAUUACAUAGAAUCCCACAUCUCUGACACUUUCUGUGAGUAUCCAGUUAACGUAUUAACUGAGUUCAUGUCACUUUAGACGUUUAGAGAUACAGCGAUGAAACAGGCCCAUAGUUCCACCGAGUGUGCGAUCACACCGUACACUAGCCCUAUCCUGCACACCAGAGGUCAUUUACAAUUUUCAGAAGCCAAUUAGCCUACAAACCCGUACGCCUUUGGAGUGUGGGGGGAAACCGGAGCACCCGGAGAAAACCCACGCACUCAGAGAGAGAACAGUACAGACAGCACCCGUAGUCAGGAUCGAACCCGGGUCCCUGGCGCUGUAUGGCAGCAACUCUACCGCUGCGCCACCGUGUGGCCCUAAUGUUAAGUUAUAUUUCUGUAAAAAAGGCAACUUCAUGUCUUACGUCUGGUUUUCGAUUUAUCAGAUUUAUAAUUUGAAUGAAGCUAAAUACUGAUUCUCACUUGAAAUAUUAAUUCUUAGAUGUGAUCUCACACCCUACAAGUUGGGGGGGAGUGAUUUACAGUGGGUCAAUUAACCUACAAUCCCGCACGUCUUUGGGACGUGGGAGGAAACCGGAGCACCCGGAGGAAACCCACGCGGUCACAGGGAGAACGUGCAAACUCCACACACGAACAAGAAACGAGGUCAGGAUCGAACCUGGGGUGGCACGGUGGCACAACGGUAGAGUUGCUGCCUCACAGCGCCAGAGACCCGGGUUCAAUGCUGGCUACGGGUGCUGUCAGUACGGAGUCUGUACGUUCUCCCCGUGACCGUGUAGGUUUCCCCCGGGUGCUCCGGUUUCAAGACCCACAGGUUAGCAGGUUAAUUGACUCUGGUAAAGAUUGUAAAUUGUCUCUAGUGUGCAGGAUGGUGCUAGUGUACGGGGUGAUCACUGGUCGGCACAGACUCGGUGGGCUCAAGAUGCUGCUUCCUCACUGUAUCUCUAAACUAAUCUAAACCUACAAACCCACACGUCUUUGGGAUUUGAGAGGGAACCAGAGCACCCGGAGGAAACCCACGUGGUCACAUGGAGAACGUGCAAAAACCACACACAGACAGCACCCGAGGUCAGGAUCGAACCUUAGUCUCUGACGUUGUGAGGGCGGCAACUCUACCAGCUACAUCACUGUGUGUCAGAAAAAAUUUAAAUAAUGUUUAGAAUCUGUUAAACAGCUGAUAAUACAUCCAAACAAAGAUACUUCCCUAAUCCCAUGUAACCCUUUCUUUCCCUCUCUCUCCAUCCCUCCCCCAUCCCAGUUCUCCGACCAGACUGCCUGUCCUCCUGAUUAAAUUUUAUCUUUGUCACUCUCCCCGAGCUAACAGUGAUCUUUUCUACUUUUCCUUGAGCUUUGUCUCCUUUGAUCUCUCAUUUUCACGCCUUACCCCUCCAUAUCUCCGCGUCUCCGUCUCCCCUGAAUCUCGGUCCUGAAGAAGGGUCUUGACCCACAAGGUCACCCAUUCCGUCUCUCCAGAGAUGCUGCCUGUCCCGCUGAGUUACCCCAGCAUUUUGUGUGUAUCCCUGGGAAGGACUGCACGUGCCAACAAACUUGUUGAAGACCGACCGCAUCAAUCAAUUUUUGACUGCAAAGCUUCAGAGACACCAACCACGCAUUGCAGGUUCCCGGCAUUAGGUGAACAAAUGUCACGCAUACAAACCUAACUGGUGAAUCCGCAAAGAAUGUGUGACUAAAACUCCAUUAGCAAAAUAUUGAAGUAGUGUGUCACCAAUAAUGAUCAACAACAUCCAUAAUGUCUUUCCUGGACCUUACAAAAUUCAAUGCCGCUUUGGAUCAAUAGAAAAGCAAAUUGAAUCUUAAUUGAUCAUUGUGAUUUUGAAAGUGGUGUCAAUAAGCCAACGCUGCCCUAUGAUUACUCAACGCGCCACAGUGCUGUGUCUAACGUGGAGAAAUUGUGACUUUAUUACUUUGUCGGAACAAAAUCGCUUCG